UGAUUAGUUGAUUUAAAAUAUUAACCCAAUUAAUUCAAUUAUUUUAAAUUAUAUAGUAUUUAUUAGACAAACCGUGAAUUUUGAUAUUAACGCCAAUAAAUAAAAUAUUCAAAUCUGAUAUUUAGGACAACUAUAAAAAACUAUUUUAGAAAGGGAACACAACACAAUGGCAGAAUGGAAGCACUUAAUAACAGAAUGGCUUAGUGAAUAUGCUGCCCUCAGAGAUAAUGAAAUAAAAAGUUUUGCGGCUGAACAUGAACAUAAUCAUGAGAUAGCAACUGCACUUUUUAAUCUUCUAUACAGGGAGGAUGAUAAGGAAGGGUUUUCCAAUGUGAAAGGCCAAAAUGAUGAUAUAGAUCAACAGAUGCUAGAAAAUGUUUGUAUACAAUUGUUUAGUUUUUAUCGCUCUAAAGAAGCAGAACUCCAAAGAUUUACACUGCAAUUUGUUCCAACAUUAAUCUAUCGAUACUUAAGUUCAGUUGCCCAAAGCAAUACAAAAUCAUGUAGAUGCAUUGAAACCUUACUUAUUGGUCUAUAUAACUUUGAAGUUGUCGAUGAAAAUGGGAAACCAAAAGUGGUUUCUUUCAGAUUACCAUCAUUAGCUCAAGCAUCUAUAUAUCAUGAGCCAUUGUCUUUAGGUUCACAAUUUCUAACCGAAAGUGCACUGAGGCGAUGGGAAGAGUGUAACACUAAACUGGUGAGCUGGGGCCCGCACUCACAAGUGGAGAUGAUCAAUGCACAGAACCGCCUCAAAGUAAUGGCUGCUCUCUGCUUUGUUUACAAUCGCCAUUUAAGUCUACUGCCAAAGCUUGCAUUGAGGCACUUUUGUAUUGCUUCAUCCAGAAUAGUCACACAAGGAUUCACUAAAAAAGGUGCUUCAUCCUCAAGAUCAAUUCAAAGAAUACCAGUAUCUUCAAACUUUCUCCUAGAAAUGAUAGAGGGUGCAUACUUUGCAAUGUUCAAUGAAUUUUACACAUUAGCUCUUCAAGCUAUAAAAGAUAUAGACCAGCGAGCACAAUAUGAGCUUCUUCCUGAUGUUAUGCUGGUUACCAGUGCUGUUAUUAACUCAAUGAAAAACAAUCCAUCUGGCCAACCGUGUGAUGGUCCCAUGGGUAUUAGCGUGGCAUUGUCCCCGGCAACCACAACAGUUACUAUGUCUAAAUCGAUGAUAACUAAUGCAUCAUUCCGUACUAAAAAGUUACCAGAUGACAUUCCUAUCCAAGCUGGCCAAGUCGUAGCACCUGAUUCAGCGGAUAUGCUCACUGCAAUAACUGAAGAAGGAGAAUCAGACUCUGCUCCCAUACAAAGGGGCGCGGGUGUUCGCAACUCUAAACCGAAAAUCAGCGCAUUCCCUGUACUCGGCAAAAAGACUAAGGACUCGAAAGACAAAACUGGAGCCUCUUCUGAUAAGAAAGUUACCGUCAAAGAUACAUCAAAAGGCAUAUGGAACUCUCUGAGCGGUGGCGGGGACAUGGUUGAUGCGCAGCAAAAAGCCAACGCAAUAGAAUCUUUUGACGGCAAUGGGAGCUUCAAAGAUGAGAUUUCUUUGAAUUCUGCUCAUAACAGCAUAGAGAACUCCGACUCGCGAUCUCAGGGCACGACUGACUCAUUGGACAUAGAGAGCACACCGCGGUUCGCCGCGAUGCAAGUUAGCUCGGUGUAAAAUAAUGCUGGUAAUUAUCACGAAGAUAAUCAAAAAACUAACACUUGCAGCAAUGGUUAUCUAGGCAUAUAAGAAUGAGUGUCUCAUAACUCCGUGCCAGACUUGUUUCUCCCGGAACGUUAGGUAAAAAAUCAUACAAUAUGCGACAAGCCCGACUAACGUGCUAAAUUUGGUCUAGCAAUUACUAGUUGCGCGCUUACUUAUCUUUGAGGUAUAUAAUGUUUAUUAGUUUUAUAAUAUUAUUUGAACUGAGUUAAACAAUAGACGAUGUGAAUGUGUAAAUAAACUACGAAUGUGGUUUGUUUGAGAUUUUACCACAAAAAAUAUCGGUCAUCUGCAUGGCGACAGCUUUACGCCUUUCCUUAAAUGGUGCCAGCAGCGUCAAGCAAGCCCGUUUGCCAGUUGGUGUCAAAUCCAUACCUUAAAUUGCAUGUAACAAUUUUGGAACCCGAAGAAUGCCCGCAUGUCUUCGGCUUUCGCGGUCAGAGUGCUGGGCCAAUUAAGUCACGUUCUCAAGUUCUCAUACCACCGAUGCUGAAAUUAUCAUAUGCCUUUUAUUAGUCUUAUAACUGCUAUAAUUAGGGUUAGUAGAACUGUUUUUUAGGUUGGUUUGGCUUGCAAGGGUGGGUUAACAUAGUGUUGAGCCGUGCUGUUAGAGUAGCUAUAUCACUGUUAAUUAUGCUAGUAGCUAUAUGCUGACCGCGUGAACCUUCUGUACUGUCCGCACUAUAACAUAAUAUGUGUCGUGCUAAGAAAAAGGUUCAAGACUUUAUAUGAAGUCCUUCACACUUAUCCAUAUCAAGAGCAUCCGAUAAGAGUUCGGAGAAUAUUUCAAUGGACGCAGGCUUUGUCAGUGCUAUGCCUUCAUUAGAGCCAGUGUAUAUAUUGCGUAACGUAAAAACACCUCAGGGUUCGACUUCGCAGUUAAUAUUUUUAGAUAGGUAUAUUUAAAGACACUUUUUGGUAUCGAAUAUAAAGGGUUAAAUAAAAGUACCAGAUAUUCGGCCUUUAGUUUUUAGAUUAAAACUAGCAACUUAUUUUCUACGUUUUUUUUACUCAAAAGAUUGUGAAAAAUUCGAUAUUCAAUAUUUUACAUACUUCUUACUACUCAGUAAAAGUAAUGUAAUACAAUUCCAAUAUUCCAACUGUUUCGCUGAUUAUUUGGUUUCACAGUGUGAUGUCACUUUACAGAAAAAACUUUAUUUUUUGUAUGAACAAAACUAAUUUUGAAAAGCCGUAGAAGAAGAUUUGUUAGUUUUAAUGAUAUAAAACUACAUGACCGAGAGCUUUCUGGUAUUUUUUAUUUAACCAUGUACAUCAUCGACCAUUCUUAAAGGAAACUACUUUCUAAAUUUUAAUGCUCCAUUUGAUAGUCUGUGGUUGUUGGUGAGAGAUAUAAUAAAGAGUAUAUAUUAUUGAUCGUAGCAGUAGACCGAUGCGUAACCGUUAUUUCCCGUAUGUGGAACGCAGGAUGUUUAAUCAGGGCAGCAUUCUAGCAAUCUUUCUUGUAUAAAGUACGUGUAUUCUUCUUAUCUGUUAAGAACUUACACAUUCAACGUGAUAUUAUGCUAUCGCCCAAGUGAUAAACAAGAGCAUUAUUCAUAAUGCCCAAUUAAUUGGCCGUGAUAUUUGUGGUUCAUUCUGUAAAAUGCGCAGUAAAUCUUUCACAUUGUACUUACUUUUCUGGUGGAAGUUUGUUGUAUUUAUUAUAUGAGUAAGCGACAUAAUAAAUUGGUGGUGAGUUCACUAAUAUAGAGAAAUUGACUACCAUUUAUGCACGUUAUUUUGAAAGUAAUAAAACAAUAAUUAUCAUGUAUGGCAUCAGCCAAUGUUAAAUAAGUAUUAUAUUACUAUAAUAAUAUGUGUAUAAAGCACUUUAUUACAAGCGGUAUUCCAUAGAUAUUAUUCUUCUUUUGUGAUAGCUUCACUGGCGUGUAAAGUGAAUACAUAUUAUAUUGCAAACUAACUUAUGUAACCUGUGAGUGAGUCAGUCAACUACCAUGAUAUAUUGAUAUAUGGCUUAAAUUUAAUAGUUAGUUAAAUUUUCGAUGUAACAGUGUUAUUUACGUUGUGUAUUUGUAUUGGUAUCGUUAAUUUUAUCUGUAAAGGUGUAUGUUUCAAAUGUAUUUUAUGUAAAAUAUUGAAGUUAAUAUAUUCAUAAAUCAUUCAGAGAGUUAAAGGAAA